UGACACUCAGUCAGCUGUUGGCGCUUGUCACGUGUGUAUAUAUGAGUGCUGUUGCGAGGUGCUAGUGUAACUGAAGGUUUGGAGUAAAUAACUUAUGCCUCAGUGACUGCAGUUGGGAAUGUCUCCAGGAACAAUUUCGUUCAUACGGCAGUAGUGGUAGCGCGGCCAAAAUGGGGGAUGAAUCCAGUGUCCGCGUAGCUAUCAGACUGGCUCUGGUAAGACGUACACUAUGGGCACGGGGCUAGAGAUGGACAGCGGGGAGGACGUGGUGGGCAUCAUCCCUCGCGCCGUCGCCCAUCUCUUCAGGGGCAUCGAUGAGCGCUUGGCUGCUGCCAAGGAGUCCGACACACCACCCCCUGACUUCAAGGUCACUGCUCACUUCAUGGAGCUUUACAAUGAGGAUAUCAUAGACCUCUUCGAGCCUAAUUUUAGGGGAGGUGGCAAAAGUGGAAUUCGCAUACAUGAAGAUGCUGGAGGAGGGAUAUAUGUAACUGGUAUUAGCACCCGCUGCGUCACGUCUAUGGAAGAAACAAUGCAGUGUCUCCGUGCUGGUGCACUCUCAAGAACCACAGGCUCAACCAACAUGAACACCCAGUCUUCUAGGUCACAUGCCAUAUUUACACUUCUAGUCAAGCAGCAGAGAAUUGCUCCUGUACAGGAUGCUGAAAGCACUGACAGUAUUCCAGAGUUUGAAACUUUAACAGCCAAAUUUCACUUUGUUGACUUGGCUGGAUCUGAGCGCCUGAAGAGAACAGGUGCCACCGGAGAGAGGGCUAGGGAGGGUAUAUCAAUCAACUGUGGUCUUCUGGCUUUAGGAAAUGUAAUUUCUGCAUUGGGUGAUGUCAGCAAGAGGGCAUCCCAUGUACCAUAUAGAGAUUCCAAACUCACCCGACUUCUACAAGAUUCUCUAGGAGGUAAUAGUAGAACACUUAUGAUAGCAUGCAUUUCUCCAAGUGAUACGGACUUCAUGGAAACCCUUAAUACUUUAAAAUAUGCUAACCGUGCACGUAACAUUAAAAAUAGGGUAAUGGUUAAUCAAGACAAGGCCAGUAAGGCGAUUGCCUUAUUAAGGCAAGAAAUUCAGGAACUUCGAAUUGAAUUGAUGGAGUAUAAGCAGGGUAAACGAAUUGUUGGAGAAGAUGGCUCAGAAGCUGUCAAUGAUAUGUAUCAUGAAAACCAGAUGCUUUCUUCAGAAAUAAAUAACAUGCGUACUAGAAUAAAGGCUUUGCAAGAAACAAUUGAAGUGCUGACUGCUAAGAAUAUAAUGCUUUUAGCAGAGAAGGAAACUAGUGGCUGGAUUUCCUCGGGUGAGGACUUGGACAUGGCUGCAGUGGUGCAAGGAUACCUCAAGGAGAUUGAAGAUCUUAGAGCCAAGUUAUGUGAAAGUGAAAAUCUCUGUCAGCAGCUGCGUAAACAAGUCAAUAAUAGGGCAAACACUGCUGGCAGGCUUUCAAUGUCACCCUUACAUAUUCCAAUGACUGGUUCCAUGUUUGGUUGUAUGGAGGAAAGUACUCAGAGCUUCACAGAACUAAUUGAAGAGGCCAAACGUGACUUGAACAAAGAUCUUCAGGCCAUGGAGAGGAAGAAAAGGAUAUCGGAAGGAUCUGGAUCAGCUGAUGAUGAUGAGGAUAAUGAGGAUGAAGAAGGUGAUGCAGAGGAGAAUGAGGAGGAUGUAGAAAGUUCUGAUGAAAGUGGGGAGGAUAAAGAUGAUGAUGAGGAUUCUGAUAUGGAAGAGGAAACAGAGAACUAUAAUGAGGAGCUGGCAGAUUUGACAAGUGAAAUAUCCAUAAAACAGAAACUAAUUGAAGGUUUGGAACAGAGUCAACGCCGCCUUGAAACCAUGAGGCAACAAUAUGAGGAUAAACUCAAUGUUUUAAUGAACAAAAUAAGAGCAACACAAGAUGAGAGGGACAAGGUAAUUGCCAACAUCAAAUCCAGUAGUUCUGCUGGUGAUGAUAAAGUCAAGUCAGUGAAGCAGGAAUACGAAAGAAAAAUAAACAAUAUGCAACAAGAACUGAAAAAAUUACAAGCAGCACAAAAAGAACAUUCCAAACUGAUGAAGGAACGCUCGCAGCACGAGAGGCAGCUGCGUAUCCUUAAGAAUGAUUUAGCAGAAAUGAAGAAAACCAAAGUUAGGCUUAUGAAUAAAAUGAAGGAUGAUAACAGUAAAGCUAAACAAGAAGAACUUAAGAAGAACAAGGAGAUUGCUCAGCUCCGUAAGGCUUCUCGUAAACAAGAAACAUACAUAAAAAGCCUGGAAGCUGAGAAUAGAUUAAAAAAUGUUGUAUUAAAACGUAAAACGGAAGAGCUUGCUGUGCUAAAGAAAGUCCCAAGGCAAGGAUUGAGUAUGAAGGCAUCAGGAAGACUAAGAAAAAAAGCUGGUAUAGGACUGCAAUCAACAUCAUUUUCUCCAAAGGUGGCAAAGCAAAAGUGGCAGAACUUGGAACAAACUAUUAAUAAAGUGGCAUAUAACAAGCAAACUGUCAGUAGUAUGGAACGGGACAUGGAAAGGUGGCUUAAAGAACGAGAAUCUUUAAGUCGGCAACUAGAACGUGUGAUGAGAAAACGUGAACGAGCAGAUCCGACAGACCUUGCUGCAUAUAAUGAUUUGAAUGACCAGGUGGAAGCUCUCAAAGCAAACAUUGAUUACAUACAUGAGAAUAUUCAAGAGAGUCAGGAGAAUAUAAUGAGUAUGGAAGAAAGUAAGGAGCAGUCAGAAUUGCUGCAUUCAGAUACCGUGACUGCUGGACUAGGCGUGGAAGAAUCUCACUACCUCAUCAACAAGCUGAUCAGCAUGACAGUUAACCAAGCCACCAUUGCAGCACAGAGACAAGCAGCAAUAUCUGAAUUGGAAGGAAAAAUGAAACAGAUGGAGCAAACUACGAGUGUUCAAGAGCAGUUGCUGGCCCAUGUACUUGGGGACAAGGAUCUCGAGGUGUACAGUUUAAUGUCGUCCCUCGUGGCUGCUGAGGAUAACACACCUGCAUCCACAGAGUCAUCCCGAUCAAAUUCCCCAACAGAUGGCCUGAUGGAAUCAUCUGCCACUUCGCUAGUCUUCUCCUCCGAUUCCCUAAAAAGGCGGGACAAAGCGCGGCGUAAAACUGCUACGACAGAAGAUAUGUUAUUCACCAAUGGUUCUGAGAAGAAUGGAAAUGCAAGUGGCACCGAUGUCAGUGCGAGCACCACACCAGCAGGAACCAUCAUAGGUGCAACACCUAUUGUUGCACUGGAACGAUUUGCUGUGGAACGUGUUAGCUCAGAUCGCUCACUCCCAGACCGCAUGUCCUCAAGUUUGGGAAUGGAUCGUAUGACUGCCAGUUUUGAAGGAGUUUUAAGUGAUGAUGGUCUUCUAAUGCCUCCACCAUCCAGCACUCACAGAGCUGUACCUAGAGUAACAUCAGCUCCUAAUGCUCUUAAGAAUCUGAUGUCCUAUCGACCUGACAAAGCAUCACCAAUUCUUAAUCGCAAGUCAUAUGAUCGACAAGAUUCCACUUCUCCCCGACUGGGUAGAAGGUCCCUCACUUCUCUUAGCACCUCAAAUCUAAAUUAUUCACGACAAAAUUCUGCAGACAAUACGGAAAUGACACCACCCACUUCACCAACAACGUAUCGACGUUCCACAUCUAGGGAAGAAAAUGUUUUCUCUCGUUUAACUUCUGCCACAUCCUCAAAACGAGAAUCAAGACCAAAUACAGGUGUCAUUAACCCACAUGCUGGAAGGGCAAGCCAGAGGUCAGUUUUAGCCUGCACACAUGUUGCUCAGGGUCACUGUAAAGCUGUUUUGUCAGUUUUUGCAACAGAUGACCUUCUCUUCUCAGCUUCAAAAGAUCGCACUGUCAAGAUGUGGGAUUUAGUUCGUGGACAAGAAAUCCAAUCACUGGGAGGUCAUCCUAAUAAUGUUAAUUGUGUUAGAUAUUGUGAAGCCCAACAUACAUGUUUCUCAGUCUCUUCUUCAUUUAUUAAGGUAUGGGAUAUCCGUGAAAACCCAGCUAAAUGCACCAAGACACUUAGCUCAGCAGGAUUAACAUCAGCUGGGUUUACACAGGUCAACACUCAGUCACGAACUUUACAGAUGCCUCCAGGAGAAACAUUAAUUACAGAUAUUGCCAUAUCCACAUCAACAAAUAUUCUAUAUUCAGCAGCUGGAAAUAUAGUCAGAAUUUGGGACCUAAGAAAACACACAGCAGUUGGCAAGUUAGCAGGAGGGCACCAAGCAGCGGUGAUGUGUUUAGCUGUUGACUCAACUGCCCCAGGUCAAGAUGUGGUUGCAACAGGAUCUAAGGACCACUACAUUAAGGUUUUUGACGUCUCGGCUAGCAACUCGGGCCUGCUUAAUCCCAGACUGAAUCUGGACCCUCCACAUUAUGAUGGUAUACAGUCACUGGCCCUGUAUGGAGACACACUCUUCUCUGGCUCCAGGGACAUGUGCAUAAAGAAAUGGGAUCUGCAACGAGGUGAACAUGUUCAGUCACUCAAUAAUGCUCACAAAGACUGGGUAUGUGCACUGUGUUUCACACCAGGAGGACAGAUUGUUCUUUCAGGGUGCCGAGCUGGAAUGAUAAAAAUGUGGUCUGUUGAAAGCUGCCAGCUAAUUGGGGAAUUACGAGCACAUGCAUCUCCUAUCAACGCAAUUACUACCAAUUCAACUUGCAUCUUUUCGGCUUCAAAUGACUGCACAAUUGGCAUGUGGAGAAUGAGAACAAGUUAUGAUGUUUCUCCAGAGUUGUCAGAUGCUUCAUGACCUCGUAUUACUUCCCAAAACUGAAUGUAUGAAUGUUUUAUUAUGAGUUUUUAAUUCAGCAUUUUCAAGGAAAUAAUAUUUUAAAAGGAAUAUUUUAUCAUUACAGUAAUUUUGUUUCUGGGGGAAGCACAUGAAAGUUGAAUUAUGACAAACAGCUGUACCCAAAUAAGUUUUGGAUCUUGAAAUCUUCUUUUUCAAAAAACUGGUCGUAUCGCACCAAAAAUUCCAUUUUUAUAUUACAAUAGAUACCAAAAUUUUUUAAAAUUCUGACUAUGUAAAACUUACAUUAUCAUUAUUUUUAACCAAUUCCUUUGGAUAUUGAAGUACAUCUUUGUUUGAAUUCCUAAAUUUUUUACUAUGCAAAUAAAAGUUAACUUUCAUCACUGGAAUACAAUUUUAAACAAUUACAAUCCUUAAUUAAAUAGGAAUUUUAAUCCAUUUUAGAAAUAUAUACAGUAUUAUGUAUCUAGUUCAGUGGUCAUGCUAGUAGUAAGGCUGUGAAAUUUUCCCAUCUGUGAAGUCACAUCAUAUAGAAUACACAAAGAUUGAAAAAAUAUUUUAUUUUAAAAGUCAUGAAAAAAUAUUAGUAUCGCAAACAAAUUUAAAAAUAUUUUUUUUACGUAAUUCAAAGUGAAGCUUGUGGUAAUUGUCGUUAAGACAGAACAUGCUUUAUAUAGGCCGAGUAUCAAAAAGUGUGUGUGUAAUAUAUAUAUAUACAUACAUAGUGUAACCUUGGUAUGUGACCUUAAUUCAUUCCAGAAGGCUGUUUGAGUAUCGAACAAGUUCUUCACAACCAAUUUUCUGUUUGGUUGGCUGUUAUCAUUAAUCAUCUUAGGCCCCAUGGUGACUUAUACAAAUAAUACAAAAAAAUGCAAAGAAACACGAAAUAGUUUACAGCGAAGUUCUGGCAGGUCAUAUUUGUUUGGUGGAGUGCUGAGCUUUGUUCGAGUAGGGAGCUGGUCGUAUACCAAGGUUCCACUGUAUAUGUAUAUACAUACAUAUAUAUAUUAUAUUCCAACACUUAUGUAGGGAAUUUACAACUGGUCAAAAUGAGUUAUGACUUGUAAUACUGUACCAACUUUACAGAAAAUAUGAUGGCAUUUAUUUAUUUUACAAAGCCAAUAUGUUUUAUGGAAAACACUUAACUAAAAUAACCAGUAUCAUGCAGAUGGCAUUAUGCAAAUUUCUAGCAGUUUCAUUCACAAGUGGCAAUUAAUUAAAUUUUUUUGGUAGUGCACUACACCUAUUGUAGCUACUUUUAUAAAUUAGCACUAGUGUUUUUUGUUGCAUGCAGGCCUUCACUAAGUGAUCUAUGAGAACUGCAUUACAUCAACAUUCUGUCUUUGCCAUUCCAUUAUUUGAGUCGCAGAUUGUGAGCCCUUAUGUAGAAAUGGGUUUUGAAGUAUGGCAGUUUUGAUCACACAAUACUUCUAGAGUACAUGAUAUAACUUUCUAAUAUUUAGUACAGAAAAUCCAGAAAUAAACUUUUAAAGUCUUUCGUAGUGACCAUCAAUUGCUCAGACUGAUAGAAAUAAAAGUCAUUAAUACAAGUAAUCUGAGUCUUUUGCACUGAUAUAAAUUAGGGUCUGUUGAUAUCCAUUUGAAAAUGAACUUAGUGGGCAUAAAAUAUUUCAUUAUUUACCCACAAUUUAGAAAGAAAUCUCAAACACACCAUUAUCAACUAGUGACCUGAUUGCCAGUCGUGAUUUAAUACUGAUACAGAAUGCUGAAAUGUCUUUUAGGUUUCUUCUUCAAAUUGUGGGGUAAUAGUGAAGUAUUUCAACCAUGGUAUUGUGACAGUUAUUCUUCUAGACAUAAAAUAUAUUGUAUUAUGAAAUAGUGAUCAUUCUACCAUUCAUCACAGUCAUUCUUUUAUUGGUACCUGUCAGGAUCAUGUUUAUUAUGGUACCUGCCAGGACUUUUUUUUUUUAUGGAUGAUGGAUGUUUUAGCAUUAAUCCUCCCAUUUUAAGGUACAAAGAACCAUAUUGGUAAUUUGUAUUUUUAUUAUUGUACAUCUGUAAUUAUUUUAUUUUGUAAAUAGAUUAUUUAAUUUAUCUGCUUUAAUUGGAAAAUGUUUGAAAAGGACUGUUCACAAAUGGAAUAAAUUUUUGUAUGUGAAA